AUGGGAGCUAAAGGAUCAAAAGGAGCUAAAUUUGAUAAAAAGUUAUUGAAUCAAUCAUCCAUUGAAAUUUCUGGUAAAAAUUUAUCAGAAUUUCCUAAACAAAUUUCUAAAUGUGUUUGUACUAAUUUUAAUGCCUCUCAAAAUGAUUUUACAUCAAUUCCAGAAGAUGUUUGUAUAAUGCCAAACUUAGAAGUACUAACAUUAUCUAAUAAUCGUAUUACUUCUAUUCCUGAUUCUAUUCAAAAAGCUUCUAAUUUAAGAGAAUUAUAUCUUGGACAAAAUAAUUUAUUUUAUGAUGGUAUUUCAUCUGAAAUUAAGAUGUGCUCUAAUCUACAAAGACUUGAUAUUUCAAUGAAUAAAUUAGAAUCUAUCCCACCAGAAAUUGGUUCAUUACUCUCUCUUCAAUAUCUUAAUAUCUCUGAAAAUAAUUUAAAAUCACUCCCUCCAGAAAUUGGUAUGUUAGAUAAACUUCAAACUCUUCUUGUUAAUAAGAAUUCUAUUAGAAAAUUACCAACUGAAAUUGGAAAUCUUCGUUCAUUAUAUGAACUUGAUCUUUCUAAUAAUCAAAUGGAUCUUUUACCAGAAGAAUUAUCUAAUAUGAUUGCUCUUAAAAUUCUCAGAAUUGGAUUUAAUAAAUUAUCUGGAAAUAUUGAUGUUUUAACUAACUUUAAGUUCUUAGUAGAAUUAGAUUGUCAAAAUAAUCAAGGUAUUCUUGAACUUCCACCAUUAGAUUCUCUUCAAAACCUUACCCGUCUUGUUGUUAAGAAUCUUCCAAUUACAAGUAUUCCUGGUCUUUCUUCAUUGAAAAUGUUAUGUGAAUUAAAUGUACGUGAUAAUAUAAAAAUGAAAGGAAUGCCUGAAGAAAUUUUCAAUAUUGCUUCAUUACAAAGACUUGAUUUCGUUGGAUGUAAUAUCACUGUAUUACCUCCAAAUAUUACUUCUUUGACUAAUUUAAAUAUUCUUGAAUUAGCUCAUAAUUCUCUUAAUGAGUCAUCAUUCCCAGAAGGUAUUUCAACAUUAACUAAUAUUACUAAAUUAUCUAUUAGUAAUAACCAAAUUCAUAGUUAUCCACAAUGUCUUUGUGAUUUAACAUCUAUUGUUGAUCUUGAUGUUUCUAAUAAUUUAAUGGUUGAACUCCCAGAAACAUUUUCUAAUCUUACUAACGUUCAAAAUCUUACAAUUGCUGGUAAUAGACUUAAUAGAUUACCAGAAUCUCUUGGUAGAUUAAUUUCUGUUACUUAUCUUGAUGCUAGAAAUAAUCAAUUGAAAUCACUCCCUCCUUCAAUUGGUGAUUUAAGACAAUUAAAUAGACUUGAAUUAACUCAAAAUAUGAUUCCUGUUUUACCUGUUGAAAUGGGUCAACUUGAUGGUAUUUUACAAACUAUUGAAUUAACUAAUAAUCCUCUUGUUGUUCCACCAAAAGAGGUUGUUGUUAAAGGAGCUCAUGAAAUUUGCCAAUACCUUAAAGAUAAUGAAGCUGUCCUUAGAUCAAGUGUUGUUUCGGGUCUUGGUGUUGAUAAUAAAUAA